UCUUGGCAACCAAAUUAGUAUAUCGGCAUUGGUUAUGAAAGUCAAAAUGUCAAAACCAUUUUGCUCCUUCCUUAAGUUUGAACUAAUAUAAGAAGGAAAACUCAAAUAACCCGAAUAUUGCGCCGUAAUCGGACGCCUCACUUGUCGCCGGCGACGGAGAUCCAAAAUGAGGGCUGUAGUUCAGCGUGUUGUUUCAGCCAGUGUAGAGGUAGAAGGGCGUAUAGUAUCAGCAAUCGGGCCGGGCUUGCUGGUUCUGGUCGGGCUUCAUGAAUCUGACGUUGACUCUGAUGCUGACUACAUAUGUCGCAAAGUGUUAAAUAUGAGAUUGUUCCCAAAUGAGGAAACUGGAAAGACAUGGGAUCUCAGUGUAGUUCAGAAGAGUUAUGAAAUUCUGUUAGUGAGCCAGUUCACACUAUAUGGGAUUUUGAAGGGAAACAAGCCAGAUUUUCAUGUUGCAAUGCCUCCUGAAAAAGCAAAACCCUUCUAUGCCUCUUUGGUUGAGAAAUUCCAGAAAGCUUACAAACAGGAUGCAGUCAAAGAUGGAAUCUUUGGAGCAAUGAUGAAGGUCAACUUGGUUAAUGAUGGUCCUGUUACGAUGCAUCUUGAUUCGGCACAACCGUCAAAAUGAGACAUGAGGCAAUUGAUUUUUUUUUUUAGCAGUUUGGAUUAUAAAUCUCAUAUUCUGAAAGGCAACGAGAAUUGUUGGGGUUAUUCAUUCAUACAUUUUUGUAACCUGAAAUCUCGAAAGGAGUUAAAAGGGGGGAAAGAAGAACAGUUUCUUCCCCUACCUUUUGGAGAAGAAAUGUAAAGAAAGUACCCAGUGGAAUUUUAUUAUUCAUACAUGAUUAUACUCCAAUCUCUUUCAUUUGGA